AUGAAUCUAAAUAUGUUACUUCCCCCGAUAAUGGUUCAGAACCACGAGGAACAACGUCACACAAUUACCCGGAAACGGAUGGAGCGAUUUUCGACGGGCGGACAAUUAUUAUCUGUGACUGACGUGGUGAGUGGCGGAAUGACUGAUGAUGAUGAUGGUUGGGGGAUGAAAAGGGAGAAAAGCCCUCAGAUGAUGAUUACUGGUUAUUAUACACAGAAAACGACACACUUUGAUGAUAAUCCAGCGACACUUCCAAUUGGCGGCGGCGGCGGCCGAUACUAUUCGAAUAAUAGGAACACGUUCCGCGAGGCGGAUUAUGACACUGUUCAUACCUACCGUAAUCUACCGGAAUCACGACGCGACGAGACUUAUUAUAAUAUUCCGACGGAUCGGGAAAGAAGAAGAGAAAGAGAGUAUCCCAUCAAAAGUAUGCAUUUUGAAUUGAAUUUUGAUGAGUUAUUCAUGAGAUAAAGAAGAAAAGAAGGAAGAUGAGCAAUCCAUAAUUUUUAGAAAUUGACAGAGUUGUGCCGACUCAAAUUAUCCGGGAGUACAGUAGGAAUGAUGCUCCGGCUCCGGUUCCGGUUCCGGUUCCGGUCUCGAACUCAGAAUGGAAAACUACAGAUUCCUACGUUCGGAAGACUUCAAUUCUAAAGUAAAACACCCUUGACAAGUGUCACUGACAGUAGUUUUACAUUCAGAAGUGCAAAAUCGGGACCCACCUGCCCUGCCGGAACUUAUCCAUCUAGCACCAGCACCCAACGAGUGGAAUGGAGGGAACCAUUGGAUUGUCUCAUUGACAGAAUGAACAGAAUCCGAAGUUCUCUGGCAUGUCCGUCUCUGGAACCUUCCGUGAGGCUGGCUGACAUUGCUGCUCAAUGGGCUAGGAUGUUGGCGAUCAGAGGAGAGUUUAGGUAGGUCCCUUUCCAUUUUUCUGUUUACCUUCUUUACCUUCCACUUCCAUUUUUCAAGUCUAAUCGAAUUAGCGUUCUUGAGAACAACAUCUUGAGAAUUCGUUCAAGUGUUGUUUUGUACAAUCUAAUGUUAAAAGUUAAAAGUUCAAACUUUGACCCCUCGUGGCUGAACAAACACAUUUCCAGAAGCGACCGGGAUCGUUGCAUGAACAUCUGGAUGGGUUCUCGGGUCACCGACUCCAUCGCCGACAUCUGGUGGGACGAGGCGGAGGAGUACGGUACCCGCAACUUUCUCGACGAUCAAUCCCUUUCUUGGGUCGGCGUUGCGAGCGCAUUCAGCGAGCAAACCCGUCAAUUCAUUGUUGUUGCGGUGUACGAAUGA